AUGUCCCGUAAGAGGUCCCGACUCAGCAGUGAAGAAGAAAUGAGUUCCAAAUUAUCAGAUGGUGGAUGUGGCGAGGGUCAAAAUGGGAGUGACACCAGCAUAACCAGCGCGACCAGCCAAGCACCGAUAGAUGCGUUGCAGGUUAGUACCAAACGUCAUGUCAACUUCCGUGCUUCUAUUCCAGCAGGCUGCUGGCACUUGUCAACUAAAUUCUAA